CAGGAAACGACACAUGUACGUUGUUGACUGCGAGCCGCAAAUACGUUUUGAACAGGAUCGCCGCCUGGCGUGUUAAUUCUUCUCCCGCGGCUAUAGCAUAAGCUCAAACGUCUAGUUCAGCGCACGAUUUCUUGCUGAAAAGAGAAGCCAGAAGAAGGAAACCUCUCUCUCCUAAGCUGUAAUACGGGCCGGCCCCUGUACGCAAGUGAAUUCCCAGCCAUCUUGUCAUGGAGCAUCCUCCUCAAAAGUCCAGCGUUUCACCGUCGGCAUUCCUCGAGAAAGAGAUACCCAAGACCUACGACCAGGUUAGGAUUCACGACCGGGAGUCCAUGGGCGAGCUUCUGAAAAGCUGGCAGGCAUCGUUGUUCACCAACCCGAAAGAAGACGGCAAAUGCGACGAGCAGUAUCUGGAAAUCGGUUGCGGCCCGGGUAACUUCACGCGUAACUACCUGCUCCCGCUAUGCCCGCCAUCGAUGAGGAGACUGGUGGCGGUGGACAACUCGCACUCCAUGAUCGACUACGCUAAGCGAGAGCAUGGCAACCCGAAGAUUGAGUACCGCACGCUGGACAUUGCGGCCGACGACGAAGUGUCUCAAUUCAUCGAAACCGAAGGGCAGUUCGAUCGCAUCUAUUCCAUCCAGACCUUUCACUGGAUACACGACAAAUGUGCCGCGCUGAGGAACGUCGAGCGCCUCAUGGCUACAGGCGGCGAGUGCUUGAUCGUGUUUAAUCCUCACCCUGGGCCGCUACAGCUUUCGAAAGCAAUGAUGAAUUCGGAGCGAUGGAAGAAAUACACCGACGUGCUGAAAGAAGUUAUGCCCGACUUUCCCGACACUCACGACCCAACGUACUUAAGGAACUACCUUAUCAACAUCGUGAAAUCAACCUCUCUUGUGCCGCUGUCGUGCGAGCUGGUGCGUGUGGAGUCCACCAGUGCAAGCAUCGACGACCUCUGGCGUUUAAACUUGCCUAUAAACCCCGUCUACAAGCUCCUGACCGAAGAAGGCAAAGCCGAGUUGGAACACUUCGCCAAGGAACUGAUGAAGCAGGGGCGUUACUCGAACUAUUCAAGCACGGGUACAACUCGGAAGCUGCGUUUCGUAUUUCACGGAUAUAAGCCGUAGAGUUUUGAGCAACCAGUUACAGGGUCCCGUUCAAAACUGUACCCUUCAUCUACUUGAAGAGAUUCAAUAACAAAGAAAAGCACCUAGAAAGUGUUUUGGUGUUGGGAUUGUUACAUGAGGCAGCUCGAUUUGCUUCGUUCAAUGUAAUUUGUGCUUGCUGCUGCUGCGUUUCCAUUGUGUUUCGAAAAGAAUAAAC